AAAUGAAAAAGGUUUUAUUGAAAGAAUGUUGCCAGUAGUGAACAACAGGUUUAUAUUGAUCAGAUAAAGACUUCGAUAGGGGUGAGGUGGGAGUGAAUAUCCAAAUGUGUGAAAUGGAUAAUUUUUGUAAGAGAUAGUGUAUAUACUAAUUUAGUGAUUGGAUGAAAUGUAUUCUUGGCGAAUGCUAAACAGCAGUCAUUGUUAAGUUAUUUAACUUGAUCGUAUGAAAUGCGUAUUGUAUGUUUUUAGCUUCAAACAAAAAAUACAAAGCUUUUUUUACAUAUAGCUUUCAGUUUCUCAAGUAUUCUCCAUAAUUUGACUAGAGAUUUGUGUCUCUCGUCGGAUAAGCUGACAAUUUGAAAAGAAAAAAUAUGUAAAUUUUGAUGAUGCAAGAUAUCUUGAGAAGAUAUAAAGACUAGCGACAAACAGGUACAUACUUACUGCCUACCUUGGUUUCCAAACAUUGAAAGCACCGCGGGAAAACGCUAAUCGUUUUUGCUACUAUAAAUGGCCUUUUUAAUUAGAUUGAUCAACAUAUCUAAAGGAUUUCGACAGAUAUAGAAAAAUUUAACUGACAAACGAAAAACUACAAAAAUUUUAACCGUCUAGGGACUUAUGAAUACCCCCAUCUAUACACCUUCUAUCUAAAUUUAUUUUAAUGUCAUGACGUCAGGUGAAUAUCAGACAUGUCCUCUUGUGUACACGAGUGUUCUCUUAUCACCCUGGGUGGCCAUGUUGGCAAGUCAAAAGUUUUGAAAGCUGCUGAAAGCACGAAUAAAUAUGGGAAGAAGAAGAUCGAAACGAAAGGCUCCAACUAAAAAGAAAAAUGAUCCGUUGGAAAGUCAGUUUAAUUGUCCGUUUUGUAAUCAUGAAAAAUCCUGUGAUGUAAAGAUGGAUCGCCCUAGAAACACAGCUCGUAUAGCCUGUCGAGUUUGUCUGGAGGAUUUUCAGACAUCUAUUACAUAUCUUUCAGAACCAGUGGAUGUUUACAGUGAUUGGAUUGAUGCUUGUGAGUCAGCCAACCAAUAAAAACAAUGAGUGAUAUUUGAAGUGGAAGCCUGUAGAAUAUUUGAGCCAAAUCUAUUGGAACUGGCCCAAGCAAGAAUGGUUGCUGUCUUAUUUUGCAUUCAAUAAGGGUUUUGGCAAAGGUUACAAAUGGCCAUGUCAAAUUGAGACCUUCAAAACUGAAAACUAGAAGAACUUCAAAAACGUUUGAAAAACUGACAAUGACUUGUAAUUUAUGUGAUUGAAUAUGUGCUGUUUUGGUCGUUAAUGUAACAAUGUAUUUUGAAUAACUACGUAGCUUUUUUAAUUGUUACCAUACUUUUUGUGCCAUAAAAAAAUGCAAACAGCA